AUGCCUGUCGCCGAGUACGACGAUGCGACUUCUUUGAUCAAGUCAAUCAGUCAAGCUAUAACACCUCGUUCUUGUACGGUGUCGGAGCUUCUUCGAAACUCUCAAACGAAUCGAGUCGUUGGGCAGGGCAGUGGAAGAGAAGAUCCUGAUAAUGAAGGAGUUGAACAUAUGAGAGGAUGUGUAGAAGAGACAUGGUUGAGUACUGGAGAUACUGGUCUAGAUGGGCUUUUAGGAGGUGGGGUAAGGAUUGGUACAGUGACUGAGAUUGCUGGAGAGAGUGCUUCGGGCAAAUCUCAUCUUGCCAUGUCACUCGCUCUAUGUGCUCAACUACCACCUUCGACACAACCAGGAGGUACCAUUAUUCUCACUUCCGAACGUGAUCUCGCCACUGGUCGUCUAGUCCAACUUGCUCAAUCUCUGCUUUUUCAUCAUACAGCUUCUUCCCCCAGUCCUCCAACAGAGUCUUUACCCAGCGUAAGAGACUUGUUAGGAAACAUUCGAACAAUGCGUAUUGCCGAGAUAUCAGAUUUAGAACAUUGUUUAACAUAUCAAAUUCCUGCUUUACUUUCUUCACUCCUACCUGCGAAUCGAUCUUCACUCCUAGGACCAUCACCUACCCCACUCAAUCAAUCAUUACCUUCCGAAACCACUAUCAAUGCUCCUGCUCCAUCUGUCACUGUCAUUGCAUCCGACCCGCCUAUCAUGACUGCACCCACUGUACCUGUUCAACCUAUACCACCCCAAUCGACUAUCGCAGUUCACACUUCGGGAAAACUCCCUGUCAAAUUAAUAGUUCUCGACUCUAUCACCGCUCUCAUGAGAGGUACCGACGUUCGUUCCGUUUCAGCCAUUGGAUUAGCCCAACGAUCACGCUAUCUUUGUUCAGUGGCAGAUUCUCUCAAAGCACUGGCAGUAGCAUAUAAUCUCGCCGUGGUAGUGAUCAAUCAAGUCAGCGAUGUCUUUUCCCGUCUACCCAUAUCAACAUUCACAUCAUCACCAGUUUCUCAAUCUGUAAUGGAAGAAGACGCUCCUCCAAUGUUAUACGCGACGCAAAAACGUUGGUUCUCCGGAGAAUCAGAUUUACUUGGGAAAGAAGCUAGUUUGGGGAUCGUAUGGGCCAACGCUGUGAACACUCGGAUCAUGCUCAGUCGAACGGGUAGAAGAAGACUUUUAAAUCAAGAACAUCCUUCUCAAGGUAAGAAAGGUGAUGGAUCACAAAUGGAAGAUAUAAGACCUACUUUGGUGAGAAGAGCACAUUUGGUUUUUGGACCUUUUGCACCGGAAGGUAUGAUGGAUUAUGUGAUUACUGAACAAGGAAUAAGGACUUUAGAGGGGAGUUUCAGGAAUGUGGGAAUGGAGAGAAGACGAGAGAGGUCGAAAAGAGAUAAACAGGGUUUGUCAAGGACGGAAGAGGAAGUGGAAAUCAAAGAAGUUGAGCCAGGGGAGAAAGAGGUUUUGGAUGAUAUGGGAGAAUUACCACCUGGGUUUUGGGAUGAAACUCCUAGUAGUCCAGUCAAGGAGUUGUAG